GGGAUCCGCAGCCGCUGAUUUGUCAUCGAUUUGGUUUCCUGAGUGGAAAAAAAAAGUGUUGCUCGCAACAUUUAUCUCGGGGCUUUGCAAAAUCCAAACACACGUUGAAGCGUUUGAAGCCUCGCUGCUGUCUUUACGCGACGAUCCGCCCGAAAUGACGGAGUUAAGACACCGCGGAGCGGCGGACACCGAGCAGGCGCUGCAGCCGCAGCCGUCAGAGGACAAGGGGUCAGACAGUGAGCUGAAGCCAGAAAAGGAGGGCGUGUCUGACAGCGAGUCCAAGGCAGACUCGGGAGUCCCAGAGGUGCCGGUCCCUCCCGAUGACACUCCAGAGGUUCUAAACAAGGCCUUGUCUGGACUCUCCUCAAGAUGGAAGAACUGGUGGGUGAGAGGAAUCCUCACGCUAGCCAUGAUCUCCUUCUUCUUCUUUAUCAUCUACUUGGGCCCCAUGGUGCUUAUGAUGAUUGUCCUCUGUGUUCAGAUCAAGUGCUUCCAUGAAAUCAUCACCAUCGGUUACAGCGUGUACCACUCCUACCACCUGCCCUGGUUCAGGACGUUGAGCUGGUACUUCCUGCUGUGUGUGAACUACUUCUUCUACGGUGAGACUGUCACUGAUUACUUCUUCACACUGGUGCAAAGAGAGGAGCCACUUCGCAUCCUCAGCAAAUACCACCGCUUCAUCUCCUUUGCCCUCUACCUCUCAGGGUUUUGCAUGUUUGUGCUGAGUUUGGUGAAGAAACAUUAUCGUCUUCAGUUCUACAUGUUCGGUUGGACCCAUGUGACUCUGCUGAUUGUGGUGACUCAGUCUCAUCUUAUCAUUCACAACCUGUUUGAGGGGAUGAUCUGGUUCAUCGUGCCCAUUUCCUGUGUGAUCUGUAACGACAUCAUGGCCUACAUGUUUGGUUUCUUCUUCGGCCGAACGCCUCUCAUCAAGCUGUCGCCCAAGAAAACGUGGGAGGGAUUCAUCGGCGGGUUCUUCGCCACCAUUGUGUUUGGCAUCAUGCUCUCGUACGUCAUGGCUGACUACCGCUUCUUCGUGUGUCCGGUGGAGUUCAACAACGACUCCAACAGCUUCCAGGUGGACUGUGAGCCCCCAGAACUGUUUCAGCUGCAGGACUAUGCCCUACCCAGUUUUCUGGAGUCUGUAACUGGAUGGACCACAGUCCGUCUGUAUCCGUUCCAGAUCCACAGCAUUGCUCUGUCCUCUUUCGCCUCCAUCAUGGGGCCCUUCGGCGGCUUCUUUGCCAGCGGUUUCAAGAGAGCCUUUAAGAUCAAGGAUUUUGCCAACACUAUUCCAGGUCACGGUGGCAUCAUGGACAGAUUUGACUGCCAGUACCUCAUGGCCACUUUUGUCAAUGUCUACAUUGCUAGCUUUAUCAGGGGCCCCAACCCCACCAAGGUGAUCCAGCAGCUCCUGGCCCUCCGGGCCGACCAGCAGCUCCUCAUCUUCAACUCUCUGAAGGCUCACCUGACGGAGAAAGGGCUUCUGCCGGCCCUGCAGGACAUCGCCGCGUAGAGCCGACCACUCCCACAGUGGGGGAGACGGAGAAGUCUGUUAAGUGUGAGGGAGAACACAUCCAUGAAAACAAAAGGAAAAAAAAACGAGAAACAAAACGACAGGCUAGGGUCAUUCCAUUUCCUUUAGGUUUGAGAGUGGUGCAUGUUUGUGUUCAUCCAUCUGUGAAUUCUGUUUCUGAGGCGUUUCAGGUCAAGUUUGUGGAUUACUGUACUAUCACACUUUUCCAAUAUAGUCAGUGUUUAUCUAUUAACACUGUAAAAGUCAAUGUUGAUCAGAUGUGCAUUUCUACCUGUUUACAAAAUAUCCUCUAUAUAUUAUUUGUAAAUGUGUGUGAAUAUUUUAUUGCACUUUUUAUUAGUUUUAUUCUGUUGCACUGCUCUCAGCCCUGUUACUCGCUGUGUUGUUACUUCGGCUCCACUCUCCCUGAACAUUUACGUUUGAUUUUCUUUGUUGAUUGUUUCUAUUUAUACAGAGAUUGGUUUUUAUAUUUGGUAUGUUCUACUAUAACUUAAUAUUGUCUGUUUCAGUCAGGCUGUAAUCGUCUUGCCAUCUAUCAUCCAUUUGUUUCGUGUAUUUAUUUUUUUUCUUCCUCUGAUCAUUUCUUUUAUUCGGCCAAAUUUAUUAACCAUCAUCAUGCAGAACUGUGGGUUUCUGUAGUUGGAUAAAUACCGUUUUUUUUGCUGUGAAGAACAGGACUUGGACCACGCUCUGUUAAAAGUAGUGUUAUUAAAGUGGACAUAUUGGGGCGGGGAGGGGGCAUUGAUUUUGUGAAGACACUAUCAACUCUAACAUAACACAAUUAUGUGGGUUUGUUUUGGGCAGCAAUGGUCUAAAAAUGUCUGUCGGAGAGCCGUUCAGACUGGCAGAGAACUGUGACAUCACAGGCCCAGAUCCAUUAUCCAUUUCCACCCAGUUUCCUAUCAUGCUGCAUCCACUUCACCUCAGGAGUGAGUGACAUAAAACCAUAACGCCAGUUUCUAAAGGGCCACAGCUUCUAAGAGGCGUGUCCCCUUUUUAAAAACGGCUGCGCUGUCCAGAGAAGUUUUUUGUUGUUCUAUAUUGCUACAGUAUUUUGACUAAAGCGAACAUUUCACUAAAACCUCAGGAAAGUGUCAAAUUUUGAAAAAAAAACAAGAACCCUCCCUCCUGGUUGUUGGGUGAUGGCACAUUAAUAGAUGAACUUUACUUCUUUAUAUAAUUUUUAUCUGUGGUAAUGAGCUGUCUUAUGUGUGCAGUUAAGUGGUAAGAUGUUUGGGGUGGAACUACGAGGAGCAGAGAAAACAGAUGCUCUGCCGGUAUCCUCUUCUGUGCGAUGCAGUUGCACCAUGCUUGUCUCUGCAAGGCCGAGACGCAGCAAGUGUCACCGUUACUGCUUCACCUUGUUCACCAGUAAUGAAACAAGCAGCGGCGCUUGCAUGGUUCUGCUCAGGUUGGAUGCUACAAUCAGCUACUGUUCGUACUAGUGGUCAUUCCUUAAAGUUUAACGGUUAUUUAUGACGAUGCCAAGUGUGUGUUUGAUUUGAUGGUAAACCAUAAGCUGAAGCUGUCGUACUGCUGGGUUCCUUCCUGUUUUACAAUCGUGCUAAACAAGAAAAACGAUGACUUCCUCAGCCUGUAGCUGACAUUAGCAGAUCCAUUUUUCCUCCACAUAAAUAUCUUUAACAAGCAGUGCCCUCAAAAUCUAUGCCCCCCCCCCCCCCCCCCCCGCCUCUUGGUGUAUGUCAUUGUAAGCAGUGAUCCUUAUGUGCUGUAUAGUCAAGUUUAAGUCAAACGUGACGAUUUAUGAGGUAGAGUAGUCAAAUGAGAGGCAUUACCAUGUUGGAUUGAAUUGUAUUUAAACUUCUGAAGUCGGACUGACUCUGGGGAAGAGAAUUUAAUACAUUAAAAUACAUCCAGACUGCCAUUAAAAUGCCAAAGAGAUUGAUUGAAGUUGAGUGGCCACAUUCAAAAAUAAAAGGUUCAGUUGUGUUGGGUGGUUUUAUACACAAAUAUUAAAACUAAACUCAUCCACCAACCACCCGCCAUCAUGUUUUUGUUCAUUCUGAUGAUUCUGUUGAAUAUUAUAAGAUAUUUGAUUGUUUCCUGGACGUAAGUCCAGGUGGAAGAACAGUGAAGGAGUCGUAUCCGUAUUCAGUGUACAGGAUAAGAGAAGAAUACGAACAAUCCUUAAAAGCACCCAGUGUAGCAGAGACGUAAAAGUAACCAACCACACGACAUCACCUCUUCUUGCCCUCUUUUAUGUGUCAUUUACUGACUUUAAAAGACUUUAAAAUAAUUUGUGAUCAUACAAAGUACUUUUUUUUUUUUUUAACCUUUUGCAUCAUUUGUUACGGGGUAUUUACAUUUUUAAACUUUUUUUCCCCCACAAAUUGAAUGUCAUAUUUAUUCAUCAUUCUGUUCAUUGUUAUUUCACAUCCUGCCAGUCAUAGUUGCAUCUUCAAGUAUUUAUUAAUUCGCUGUUAGCAGUUUAAAUCAAGUUACCUUAUUGUACUCUUAUUAGGAAGAGCAUUAGAAACCCGUUGAGUGUUGUUUAGUAGUUUUGCUUGCAGUGCUCUUAUUGCCACAUGGAGAGAAGUAUUGAAAUAGCAGUAUUUUCUACUGUGGUAUGGUACAACUCAGCUUAGAUAACUUGUUAUACGUGGUUUUUAAAGCGAGUUUCCUCCGGUGGCCGUAAAUCUCCCAUGUAUGUCGGGGGCUGCGCCGCCUCUGUGAUGGUUUGAUGAUGAGGUUUCAGCCACACAGCUCUGCACUGCCAUUUCACUGCCCAGCGUUAAGGACGACGGCCAGAGAGAGCUGGAGCUCCUGAGCUCGGCCGCUCUGGCCCGGCGCUGACAUUUGACCCUGCGUUGCUGCUGCUUGACACAUUCCAGCAUCCACAGAGAUGACACUCACUCACAAAUUUGCUGAAUUGUACGAAUCAAUUACAGGACUGUCUCAGAAAAUUAGAAUAUUGUGAUAAAGUUCUUUAUUUUCUGUAAUUCAUUACAAA